CCUAACAAACUUCACAGUGACGCGUCAUUUGCGUCGAAAUUAAUACAAAUAUUAAUUUUUGUGAUUAAAAAUUGUGAUAAGUGUGAUUUUAUAAACAAUCGGGUGAUAAUAUUAAUCUUAAGAGUAAUUGUUAUGUUAUUGUUAGUAUAGAAAAUACCUUAUGAGCUUACCCUGCCUGCAGUGCGUGCCAAGAGCCCCAGAGUCCCAGCCAUUAGAUUGAGUGGAGUGUUCCCUGCCCACACGUAGCCCUGUAGGCUGCCAAAAUUUCGCGAGACACAUCGGAUACUUCCUCCAGCAUGGAACUGGAUAAAGCCCCUACUCUCCAUGAGGAAGACUCCAAAGUCACCCUCACUAUCAGACUGAUUAUGCAGGGGAAGGAAGUUGGCAGUAUCAUUGGCAAGAAAGGAGAAAUUGUCAAAAGAUUUAGGGAAGAGUCUGGCGCUAAAAUUAAUAUAUCAGAUGGAUCAUGCCCUGAACGGAUUGUUACAGUCACUGGCACCAUCACUGCUAUAUUUAAAGCAUUUACACUUAUCUGCAAAAAAUUUGAAGAGUGGUGCUCUCAGUUCAAUGAGGGCGGCGGCGGCGGGUCCCGGGCGCCAAUCACUCUGCGUCUGAUCGUGCCUGCUUCACAGUGCGGGUCGCUGAUCGGGAAAGGAGGCUCCAAAAUCAAGGAGAUUCGCGAUGUAACUGGAGCUAAUAUUCAGGUUGCCAGUGAAAUGCUCCCAAACUCAACUGAAAGGGCAGUUACAAUAAUUGGAAGUUGUGACGCAAUCACUCAAUGUAUCUAUCAUAUUUGCUGUGUCAUGCUGGAGAGUCCUCCCAAAGGCGCAACCAUUCCGUACAGACCAAAGCCGAAUGUGGCUGGACCGGUUAUCUUAGCCGGUGGACAAGCGUACACCAUUCAAGGAAACUAUGCUGUGCCUGCACAAGAUAUGGGUGGACUGGCUAAGUCACCUUUAGCUGGGUUGGCAGCACUUGGACUGGGUGGUCUCGGACCGGCUAAUAGUGGAGGAUUGAGUCCAGCAGCGUUGGCGGCUCUAGCGGGGUCCCAGCUGCGGACGACCAACGCGCGGAACCAGCCACCCACCACGCAGCAGUCGCACGAGAUGACCGUGCCCAACGAGCUGAUCGGCUGCAUCAUUGGCAAGGCCGGUACCAAAAUCGCUGAAAUCCGUCAGAUCUCCGGCGCAAUGAUCAGGAUAUCCAACUGCGAGGAGCGCGAGGGUGGUAGCACUGACCGCACUAUUACCAUCACUGGCAACCCUGACUCGGUAGCCCUGGCGCAGUACCUGAUCAAUAUGAGGAUCACCAUGGAGACUGCGGGGCUGCCCCUGCCAGGGUACCACUACAUCGCCCCCAACCACAUCGUGAAGGCUCCGAUACAUUGAAUGGGGUUCGGUGGCCAGCCCCCGCAAGCUGCGUACAACACAGGGCGCCACUACUUCAUACCACAGCAGCACGGAGCGCUGGCCCCGAUAUACUUCUACAAGUGAACGCGACCAAAUACUCCCCGGGGAAACAAUUGGCAAAUAGCCGAAUGUAUGUUUACAUUUGUUACAAGUUUAUAAGUAUUUUAGAUAUUCUUAUAUUUAUUCUCCACUAUUGUAAAUCGGAGCGCGAAGUAUGACUCUUGAAUUUGUUCGUUUAUCGUAAAAUUUAAUGGAUUUUGGAACUUCUUACUGCAAGUGUAUUGAAGCGACUGAUAUUGGUAUGUCAUUGUCCGCGACCUGUGAAUGACAUCGUGCGAAGUUUCGUUCAUUCGUCUCGGACCUCAACAGCGGGUGUUCGAUCGAAUUUACUAUGGAGUUAACCGAUCAAGGAACUAAACUGUCGGAUCCAUGGUUAAUACUCAAUUAAUUCAAAAUGUCGGCGUAGAACUCGCGGUUGUAGGUAGAAGAUAGACUAGAGAACAGAGUGAGAGGUUUAAAGACAAUAUUUGUAUAUACAAUAAUAGUAAUCGCCUACACACAGGUGUAACACUAGACAACUUUACGAUCUAUUCAUUUGACAUUUCGGCAUUCUGACUAUACGCUUCGUAUCCCUUGUAAAAAUAUCCUUUACAAUGUGUGUAAUUUUUGUAUACCUUUUGAGAAUUGAAACAAUGAUUAGAUCGUAAUUUGUACAGCAACUGCGCAACAGGGCGCAGUAAUCGCAACCGGUGGGAUCAAAUCCUUUAGGAGAAUUACAUUAAAGAGGGGACAGAGAGAACGUGAACAAUUCAAAUAUAUCGUUUUAAUUCAUAUAUGAAAUCAAAAAGACGUUAGUUAUAAAUAGUGUUGCUAAAUGUGAUAGCCUUCUUAUUUAUUUUACAUAAAGAUCUCUCGUUGUAAUUAUAUAUAGACGUGAAUGAGACUGACAUCUAAGUAUAAAGCGUACUUAGACUGGGCUGUCUUAUCUUAACCUCGCAAUAAUUUCAGCUGUCAAAUGACUAUUUUUCCAUAAACUUAGUAUACUUGAGUAAUAGAGAAACAUUCUUCUCAUUACGGCGAGACUAAAUUUAAAAUGUACACGUGUGUUAGAAAGGAAGAAGAAAGAAAAAAUGUUUAUUGACGUCAUUACAUACAUUUUGAUAAUAGUUCUUAAAGUUAUACUAUUCUAAUUAUGAUCUAAUGACGCCAAUGGGCCCCCAACUCAGCAUAGUUCGUCUUCCGUGGAAACCCAGAGAGCGCUACUAACGCGCAGUCGUAUCACACGAAGGUGUACAAACUAUUAAUUCUCUAUGAGCACUGAGCACAAAAUAGUAAAACUUGGAUCUAAAAUUAAAACUAAAGAAUUUUUUUUUUUCAGAACAAUACAAUUAAACUUGCGAUUGCCACUCAAAACAAACAAUUUUUUUUAAAUAUUUUAAAUUGAUUUUUGGACAUUAAUGAGAUAUUCCUUGUAUUUUAAUUUAAAUAGCCCUAAACUAACGCAGUUCCGUAUGGAAGGCGGGAUAUUAUUCUAUAUUAUUAUAUUAUAUUGUUAGUGAUGUGAAGUUAUUUGCUUUUGGUCCAUUCCUAUGAUAAAAUAUAUUGAUAAACGGAGUCGUAUUCACGUAUGCAAUAUUAUAUUUUUUAACACAUAUUUUCUUAAAUGAUUAUAAUCUUAAGAAAAUAGAGUGUUUACUGCGUACAUAAAAUGUAGUAUUUAGCAUUUUAGUGCAUAUUAUGUUCUACGAAAAUAAACAUCACGAAAGUAGUAUUGUAGAAUCAGUAUUUAUAUGUGAAAUCUUUCUUUAGUUGGAUUGUUGCUGAUAUGUAAUAACAUAAUCUAAUACAGAACACGACACAUUAUAUUUUUUAAUCAAUAUACUUUGAAAUACAGAACAAUAACGAUACUUAAACACUAAAAUUAAAAUGCGGUACAAUUUCACAGGAGACUAAUGGACACUAAAUUGUUUCAUGGUGAAGACCAUGCCAGAUCUAUGCCGUCUCUUUCUCACACUUAGGUUUUUUAGGUAAGGAUAGUUAUCUCACACAGGGUUCGUCUAUUACUGUUGUAUACUUAGUUUAUGAUAAAAACGAAAUCAAAGAUUAUGCUGAGUGAAGUCUGAGCAAAGUCUAAGUACGCUGUAUAGAUCUCAGCCAGAGUCGAGCAAUUUCAUUGGUUAGGGGAUCAAGGCCAAAGAUUGUUGAAGUUUUUUUAAACAUUAUGAAUGUUGUGCAUAAUUACUAAAUUAUUUUGAGAAAAACAAACAUGUAGGGGUUUAUUUAUGUAUGUGAAUAGGUUUUUUUAUUUUAUCACCUUCUCCAGACUGCUCACGAAUAGUUAGAUCGACAAGGUAGAUAUUAUAUUUGUGGUUAGACAUGUUUCUGAAAUAAUAAAAUUGAAAAACAUUAAAAAAAUAUUAGGAUAGCUCUAAUGUUAUGAUUAUUCAUGUUUUAUUGUCACUCAUAGAAGUUAGUGGCUUGAGUGUAUAAGGGACUUCCUGUCAAUAUUAAUUUACUGAAAGAUAUUUUAUGAAUGCAAGAUGUGUCAUUUGAUAACCGACUGAGGCUUGGAAGAGUUUUUCUCUGUCGACGGUAUCUAAAUAUUUUUGUACUAAAACAAUGUGGAUUUUCAAAAAUAUAAUUGUAUAUUUAAAUAUGUGUCGAUGUGGUUAGGAAGUCCCUAAUUUUAUUUUAUUCAAGCUGCCAUAUAUUGUAUGUCUUUAUUAUACAUUAAUUUUCUUCGAUUCUUAGCGUCGGUCACGUGACUUAUGUGCCAAGCGUAUAGAUUGAAAUAGUAGAUAAUAUUCUUAUAGGUAUCUGUUUAAAUAUUUCCUUAUAUUGGUCAUAAUAUAUAUAUAUUUGUAGGUCAUGUUUAACUUAAAAAUUUAUCAAUUUUAACCACUUUAUAUUACUUUGCACCGUAGUGGUAAGAUUUAUGAAAUUAAGUGGAAUUUUUUCGAUGCAUAUCCUUGAUACAUAUUUCCCUAGUCUUCCCCCGUACAUUGUUAAUAUUAAGAUAUUGUAUAGCUAAUCCAUGAGAUAAAAGAUGUGCCAAAUUUGUGUCAAAUUGAGUGCAUAAUAUUUUAAAUUAUUACUGAUGUACAUUGCUAGUCAAAUUGGUCUGAUGAAAAGACAUGUUUAUUAAAAUUAGUUUCUAGUCAAAAUUUUUAUUCAAUUGGUUUAUCCGGUAGAUUUUAUUAUUACAAGUCUGAAUUAUAUUUCGUUAUUUCUAUUCUAGCCGUUAUUUAUAUUUAUAUUAACCGUACUACGUUAUCGCUUCGAGAAGUUUACAUUUAGCAAUAAAUGAUGAAAUCAAUUAUGUGUGUGUGUGUGUGUGUGUAAUGAUAUAAUUGCAAAUAAGACGAUGUAUAGAGCUUCGUACCGUUAAGAGUACCACAGGUAUACAUAGAAUUUAAUUGGUAGAGAUGCCUUUUACCGAAAAAGGGUAAAUUAGAAAAAAUGAAAUUUUAUGCUGUGAUGAAGAUUGGGAUGCACUUUUGUGUGGUAAAUGUCAACUGUAGAAAUUUGAUGGUAGGUGUAUAAUGGACUGUAGGACUUCUAUGCUUAGCUAGUUUUAAUAUGGCUAAAGAAUCUAUAAGCCAAGUUAAGUAAUGUACAAAAUGCCAGAUAAGGUACAAUAAAGCCAUUGCACUUGAUGGUUACAGUCAAAAUAUAAAAAUAGUCACGCUUCAAAGUAAAAAUCACAUGACAACAUUAUUUGUAGAGUGUUAUGGCGCCUCUCCACAAUCGGCGAUUACACGCGAACACGAUCGUCGCCGAUCAUCAUCUAUAAUAAUCGUAGUGAUCGCGGCAAUCGAUGACUUGUCGGUUUUUCAUGAUAUAAAGGGAAUUCGCGUGUAGAUGCGUGCACGUGCCCACACCAUCUCCGGUCAAUUAUUCAAGUGACUAGGAUAGGAUAAUAAGUUAAAUUUACUAGGGUAGGUAUUAUUUACUUUGUUCCAUUAAGAUAAAUGCUCAAACACCACCAUUUCUCUUCUUCGUUUUUUUUUUUAUACUUCUCGUUCAACUCAAUCGACAAAAUGAUUGUAUACUGUCCUGUCUGUAACUCUUCUUUACCAGUAGGAGGCUCGUUUGCACCAGAAGUCGGCUAGAUUAUUGGUACCACAACGGCGCCUAUUUCUACCGUGAAGCGGUAUUGUGUAAAUAUUACUAUGUUUCGGUGUGAAGGGCGCCGUAGCUAGUGAAAUAACUGGGCAAAUGAGACUUAACAUCUUAUGUCUCAAGGUGACGAGCGCAAUUGUAGUACAGCUCAGAAUUUUUGGGUUUUUCUAGAAUCCUGAGUGGCACUGCAUUGUAAUGGGUAGGGCGUAUUAAUUACCAUCAGCUGAAUGUCUUGCUAGUCGCUUCCCUUAUUUUUAUAAAAAAAAGCGUCUAUCUUGAAGGACUGCAGCUCAACAAAUGAUCUCAGGCGAUCGUGUUGCUUAGACGAUAAUCAACGAUUAACUUGCCGAUCACAGACGAUCAUCGCCGAUAGUGGAGAUGGGGCUUUUGAAGGAUACGCGUAUAUAAUAACUUACAUUUCAACAUAUUGAAACUCUAAGUUCGGUUGUUUGUAAGUGCACGCCAUUUUCUACGAACUUUGUAUUUAGGGAUUGGUUUUUGACAAACUUUGUAAAUGGGUAGUUGAAUUUCCCAGGUGGAUCUGUAACUCGGGAGGUAUGAUACGGAAAUAUUUUCUCUUUCAGUGCUACUAGCUCAGACUAAAGAAAAAUGUUAAGACGGAACUCUGCGGACCGCGAAGUGAGGCAAACUAUUAAACAUGUGAUGCGUGGUCGGUAUUGCCAUGCUACUUUUGAAAUUUUUAUCAAAAUCAAAAAAGUAAUUUCGGCAAUUUAAUACCGUUUUUAUGUACGAUAAAACAAUAGACAAGGUGUCAAUUAACAUUAGGGGACGUAGGGGAAUGGAAAUGGGACAAGCGUUUUAGAAGGAAAAUAUUGGGUAUUUAAUUUAAAUAAAGAAUUAAAUUGAGAAUCUCAUCCUUUUUGAAAUGUUAUCCCAUCGGGGCUUUCCCUUUUGAGGAUAUUAUCUUUCACACGUGCGUUUUCACUGUUACUUAAUUUUAAUUUUAUUGUAUGUUUAGAAGUGAAGCCACUUCUAUGUUCAUAGAGUCUUAACCUUUUCUUUGGUCUGAGUUUACUAGAUGGUUGUUAAACGAUCAUAAUAAGCUCUCCAAUACUCACGUUAAAUUCAUACUGCAGCCUGCAGAAGUUAAUUAGGUACCACGAUUAAAUGACGUCAUAACGAACUACGCGUAUUGACGCGUCGAGGGCGAAUUUGGUGGGUGGGUGUGAACGGAGGGAGGGGAAGUUCCUCGAAAGAGCCAAGUUGAUGUCUGUUGGUUGUACUGUAAAAAUGGUAUUUUUUAAUAAUAUUUUUAUCAUAAACUUGAAUAUUUAAUACAUCAGUGUAGGUACGCUUCAUGUUAACGUUGUUCAAUGUAUUUAGUACAAUCAUAUUUUAAUUAUUGUAGUAUUAAAUAUACCUAGUGUUAAUUUGUCACGUAUAUAACAUUUUAUUAUACUAAUAGUUUGCAAUAAUAAAACAAUGUGCAUCAUCUUUAGGUAAGUGUAGGUCAUAGUAUUUAUUUAUCAUUUUCAUUUGCUCAAUUAUGGAUGGACAUUUAUGGAUUUUUAACGAUUUGUUAAUGAAUGGUACGUCGUCGUUUUAUUCGCCAUUUGGAGUCAAAUAGUCUUAGAUAAUUUAAUAGGUACAUGUAGGUAUUAUAUUGUCAGCGGGUAUCGGGUUACGGCAGUCUCUUAUGCCCUUCCCCGCAACACCACCCGCUACCCGCUGACAUCUAUAGUACCCCGCCCCGCCAGCAUCUGUCAUCCCGUGAGACGGUCGCGCAUGAAGUUGUCUGACCCACUCGGGUGAGGCAUCGCGAUAGCUACGCAGCACCACAAAUCAUUAUUAAUAAUAAGCUAGCUAAAAUCGCUUAUUAUACAUAAUUUUUCAAAAGGUCGGUAUAUAUCUUAAUCUAUAGAUAUCAUUACCACUCAUCUAGUUUAGUUGCGUUUUCGCAAAUCCGUGGUGCGGCUUCAUUCGUAAAAUAAAAUCACUAAGAAAAAUUCUUCGAAUAGAAUUCAGUAGAUAAUAUUUAUAAUCUGAGGUUAAGUUGAUGUUGUUUUUUAAAAUUAUUGUAUUACAUCUUACGUUUUCUGGAGUUCCGGUUUAACAAAUUAGUAUAGGACUAAUUCGCAAAGACAAAAUGGCGACGGUUCUAACAUUGUAUCUGUUGGUUCAAAGUAGAUGUAUCCACUUAUUAUUGUUGCCAAAAUUGUGUAAAGGAUAGUUGUAUACGGUAAGUUAUUGAGAACGAUCAUAAUGUCGUAGAAACAAUUAAUAUUAAUUGCUCAUUUAUAUUAUUGUCAAUAUUAUUUAGUUUACUAACAUUACUUAAAAGACGUAGGCAGCUUUAGUUAUUAUGUUUAUUAAUUGUUAUGGUGUUGCAAAGUUUAAUCUUUUUAGUAUAGUGUUUAUUAUUUCACAGACGAGCUGUGUAAUGUAGUGCCUUUAGUUGAAUUCAUCUUUUUUUCAAACAUGGAUUUCGUUUUUGUACUAUUUGAUUGACAGGGUCGAAACUCAUCAUAUUGAGCAUAAUAUAUAAAUGAAUACUAUUAUAUUUUUAUGUUUACACAUACGUUAAUAUUUAAUUGACAUUUUCAUGAUCAUUUUGAAAUUAUGGUUAUUUGACUAUUUAUCUGCUACAGUCUGUUCGCCGAGAGAUGAUUAUCAUUACAUUAUUAUGGUACGAGCCACGAAAAUAUAUAAAACCGCGACCGUAAAAAUAAGUAACGGACCGCUAUUUGUACAAGUGUAUGGUAUGUAUUUUUUUCUUUCUUUUUCAACUCAUGGCGAACAGUGUAUCAGCUUAUUUUACACGUGUACAGAUUUGAUGUGAUAGGGUUGUGUCAUUUGUUAUCCGUAUACAAUAUUGAAUUAUAUUCGCUAAAUUGUUUUCUCAAAUAAGUAAAUUGCAUAAUAGAACUAAAUUGUGUAGGUCAGGGUAAAUAGGGAAUCACAAAGUGAUCUAAUGAAGGUAACUCAUACUUUAGGUAACGAAGGAGGUAUCGUUGUUUCAGCUUCAAACAAUGGCACAUUAUAAAGGUCAUACGUCACGCUAUCUGAAAUGACUUUGUUCUGUCGAAGUGGGUUGUGGUUUCUUUUCUAAUUUAGUAUUAACUGACGACUGAUACUUAAGAAUGUUCCAAAUCACUGACCUCUACUAUAUGUAUACCACUGGUCUGGCGGCUGUCAAAGUGCUUUUGUGCCUGUUUUUGAUAUUCGCCAUUUUGGCGCUGUUGGUCGUGUAGCGAGAGUCUGCGGUACUAAAACUAGUUGAUUCUUGAAGUAUAAAUAACACAGAAAACGAACGAAAUCAAUUCAAAAUGCAAAAAUACUUCCGAAUAUUGUACGUUCCUUCGCAGACAUUUUUAUUAUGCGUCAAAAUUAGUUCUCUAGACGCUCGAGAGUGGCGCUUCAAAUAGGCACAAAAAAUUUGCUGUCAAACAUAUGUAACAGCAUGUCCAGUGGUAUUUAUGCAGGUCAGUGUUCGAAAUGCACUCAAACUGUCAAUCUGCUGACUUACAACACUGCUUUUUAGAUGAGCAUUUAAACUUAAACAGAUAUUAAAAAGUCAGUAUUUUUAUGCGUUUAUUUUUUAAUUUAUCUACGCACCCUUUGAAUUCUAAAAUCCGUGAUAUAAUAUAAAUAUUUUAGAUACAAUUUCUUACGUGCAGUAGGUAAAUGUAAGCACUUAUACCAAAUACAAAUGCACGUUUGAUAAAUGUAGGCGUGUUCGAAAUUGUAGUACAAUCUGACCUUCUUCAUAGUGUGUAAGUUGUAUUGAUACAGUCCACUUUUUCUGUACUAUUUAAGGACAGCCACGGUAUUGUCCGACCCAAUGGGUACUUAAAUUAUGAAUACAGAUAUAUCUUUUCUUGCAUGUAUUUCAUAAUAAUUCUUGUCUAAAUGUAAGUACACCCGUAGAUUUUCUUUGUGCAAUCGAUGUCCACUUCAUAUCUCUAAAUAUCAAUGUAAUUGUCGACAUAUCUUUUUCUGAAUUCAAUUGUUUAUGAAAUAUAAAUGUUGUACGUACGGUAAACAGUCUGUUAUAAUAUAAAUUUUCAUAUUUGUUUGUGUUUAUUAUUUUACAUUAAUAAAGUGUGUAUAUAAUAA